AGGCUGACGUCAUUUCCGCAGGCUUACACCGGGGAAAGUUGUUUCCUGAGGCUGACACUGAACUGAUAAUUCCUGCCCUAAAGGACUGUAAAGGACACACCUGGAGCUUUAGUGAAACAUGACUUUGACUUCAGGUUUCUGUCGAUAGACGUGUUUCUGUGUCUCAGCUGGAAUCUGUCAGUGUGAGGAGAAGAUGAGUGAAGAUUCAGAGGCGAGCCUUCAGGCCCAGCUAGCCGAGUGCCGAGCUCAGGCGGAGCACUGGCAGGGCGUGGCGACGAUCUGCGAGCUGAGCAAACAGGAGGAACUGGCAGAGCUGCAAAAACAAUGUGAUCAAGAGAUCCAGUCUCUACAGGAGGCUCUCCGAGAGACGGCGGCGCAGUAUGAAGCCCGGAUAUCUGUUCUUCAGUCUCAACCCGUGGAGUGGAGGAGAGCGAGCGGACAGAUCACGAUCAGUGGAAGAAAAGGCAGGACGGAGGAAACCGCCGUCAGUAACGAUCCACAAACAUUAAACAGCCAGACGGAGGCCGAGGCGGCGUCCUCGUCUUACAGGAGGCGGAGCCAGCAGACCGAGCCGGAGGCGGCGGCAGAGGGGGAAGCGGCACAGCUGACGUCAGACGGUUAUUUUUCGCUGAGGAACUGCGACUCUGCGUCUCUGUCGUCCUUCUCGAUGGACACGCCCUCUCUGCCCAGAAAAAUGCACGCGCAGGACGACACAGACUCUCUGGUCUCCACGGGAACGCUGGUACCCGAGGCGAUCUACCUGCCGCCAGCCGGACACCGACUAGUCACACACGGAGACUGGGACGCACUCAGCGCUCAGGUGUCGGAGCUGAGGGAGGAGGUGAACCGUCUGCAGGCGGAGAAGGAGGAGCUGGAGAGAGAGCUCGACACACAGACCAACCACACACACAAACAGGUGUCGAUGCUUCAGUCUCAGGUCCAGUCUUCAGAGGCUCUCCUUCAAGAUCUCAAGAAAUCUUUCAGCCAAUCACAGAGUGCCAUGCAGAGUCGGCUGGCAGAGCUGUCUCUCUCUCAGAGGAAGAUGUGCAGCGGUCUGUCCAGACUGAAGGGAGAGGAAGUGGAGGAGGAGGAGGAAGGAGCAGACUCGUCGUUCACAGCGUCACUGCAGGGGGCGCACUGUGAGGAGCGACUCCGCAUCGAGAUCGUCAACUUGAGGGAGCAACUGGACACCCGGGCCGAGGAGAACGAAGUUUUAGAAGUGCAGCUGUCCAGUCUGAAGACAGAGACCGAGAGGAUCCAGACUCAGAAGGACCAGCUGCAGGCUGAGCUGCUCUCUUCUCGCACCGAACUCGAGGCCCUGCGGGUGGCACUGUCUCAUGUGCAGGGAACCAACAAGUCCCUCAGCAACGACAAAGCGUCUCUGCAGCAGCAGUGUCUGGAGCUGCGCAGUCAGAUGAUCAGUAUGCGCUCGCAGGUCGACACCAGUCAGACGGUCCAGAGAGACUUUGUGCAGCUCUCCCAGUCUCUGCAGGUGAAGCUGGAGUUGGUGCGGCAGGCGGAGAGUCUGGACCAGGUGAGAGAGAUCCUGGAGGAGGGGGUCAGUGAAGCUGCGUCGUCACCUGCAGACGCCUCGUGAGUCGAAACCAAAGAGCAGAGAACCCAAACUGAGACCAAUACGGACCGCGUGGAGCGCUGAUGGGACCAACGCAGCAGGUAAUGGUGGACGGAUUCCCGGUGGAGAGACGUGAUGAUUAUGUUCGCCGUCACGGCCUGAAAAACAAUUUCUCAAGAGACCAAAAUGAAAUCUGAUGAACUGUGAACCGCUUUGGGACCAUUUUAAAAAAAUGUUUACACUCCUAACAUUUAUUCCUUUACUAACACUCAUGAAUACGAUCCUUUCUUAAAACUGACUUCACUAUAGAAACAACACUCAAAUCGUAUUUCUCUAAACGCUCAUUUUAUAUCCAAACCUUUAACGUGUCUCUGACAGUGCAAUAAUGAAAAACUCUCCUAUGCAAUCGUUUUAGUUCAGCGUUAAGUGUUCUUAAUACAGCCAUGACAGCUUUUUCACUUUAAGCUCAUUUAUGAUUUGAAGGUUUAAGAAGCUCAGAAAAAGAAACAUCUGUAAACGUCUGUGAAAGUGUAACGCUGUUUCCUGUAAAUAUUUCUGAAAAGUAAAAAGAGACUUUAACCCGUGACGUCA